AUGUCGGACGGAGCAGCAGAAAAGAGCAUCGAGAUCUGGAAGAUCAAGAAGUUGAUUAAGUCCCUCGAGUUGGCCAGAGGUAACGGUACCUCUAUGAUCUCGUUGAUCAUCCCACCAAAGGGCCAGAUUUCCUUGACCCAGAAGAUGUUGACUGAAGAAUAUGGUACAGCCUCCAACAUUAAGUCGCGUGUCAACAGAUUGUCUGUGUUGUCCGCCAUCACUUCGACCCAACAGAAGUUGAAAUUGUACACACACGUUCCAAAGAAUGGAUUGGUGAUCUACUGUGGUGAUGUCAUCACUGACGAAGGUAAGGAGAAGAAAUUGAACAUCGAUUUUGAGCCAUUCAAGCCAAUCAACACAUCGCUUUACUUGUGUGACAACAAGUUCCAUGUGGAGGCACUUUCGGAGUUGUUGCAAGACGACGACAGAUUUGGUUUUAUCAUCAUGGACGGUAACGGAGCCCUUUUCGGUGCCGUUUCUGGUAACAACAGAGAGGUUUUGCACAAGUUCACGGUGGAUUUACCCAAGAAGCACGGAAGAGGUGGUCAGUCUGCCCUUCGUUUCUCCCGUUUGAGAGAGGAAAAGAGACACAACUAUGUGAGAAAAGUUGCUGAAACGGCAGUGCAGAACUUCAUUGAGCAGGACAAGGUCAGUGUCAAGGGAUUGAUUUUGGCCGGUUCUGCCGACUUCAAGAACGAAUUGUCCAAGUCUGAUUUGUUUGACCCUCGUUUGCAGGCUAAGGUGUUGAAGAUUGUGGAUGUUUCUUAUGGUGGAGAGAACGGUUUCAACCAAGCCAUUGAGCUUUCGGCAGAGACCUUGGCCAAUGUUAAAUUCGUCCAGGAGAAGAAGUUGUUGAACCAAUACUUCGACGAGAUUUCUCAGGACUCCGGCAAAUACUGUUACGGUAUCGAGGACACCUUGAAGGCUUUGGACCUUGGUGCCUGUGAGAUUGUCAUUGUUUACGAGAAUUUGAACACUGUCCGUUACACUUUGAAGGACAGCGAAGACAACGAGGUGGUGGUCAACGCCAACCCGGAGUUGCCAGACAAGUCCUACAUGUUGGACAAGGCCACUGGUGCCGAGAUGGAGAUCAUCAAGGAGGAGAUGUUCUUGGAGUGGUUGGCAGAGAACUACAAAAGCUUUGGUGCUACACUUGAGUUCGUCACCGACAGAUCCUCGGAGGGUGCACAGUUCGUGCAAGGAUUUGGUGGUAUCGGUGCACUUUUGAGAUAUAAGGUGAACUUCGAACAGUUGGCGGAUGAGUCUGAUGACGACGAGUAUUAUGAUGAUGAUGACGAUUCCUUCAUC